GAAGACGAGGAUGACGGCGGGUUGUUUGGCGACGAUGACGACGAGCCAGUGGUCAGGGGGCUCCAGAGCGACGACGAGCUGGUCAGAGGGCUCCAGAGCGAUCACUCGGAUGACGAGAGACCCUUCGGGCAGUCUCAGGUGCCUGACCGCGAACAGAGAGAAAUUGACAUCGACGUGCCGUUCUUCGGCACCAACUCAAAGAUGAGCUCCUCGCACUACGAAUUGAAGCUCCCGUCAUUUCUCCUGAUGGAGUUGAAACCGUUCGACCCCGCAGAGUUCCGCAGCACGAUUGAUGAAGACGCGGACCGCGAGACACAGUUGGCUGACAAGUUGUUGGCAGAAAACACCAUACGCUGGAGAUACUCUAAGGGUGCGGACGAUAACCAGAUCUCCAAGCAAUCCAACACACAGGUUAUCGAGUGGUCCGACGGGUCGCUCUCCUUGCAGAUUGGCCAGGAAAUCUUCGACCUUCCGGAGCGUAAGUUGCACGACCAGUUCUUGGCGGUGGCACGCGAGGCGCAGGAGAUCUUGCAGACGGAAGCGGUGCUUGACAAGUUGUUGACGGUAGUUCCAACCUCAUCGGACUCCUUGACCCACAAGCGCUUGACCAACGCGAUCAGGAACAAACAGAAGCGCCAGCAGGUGUCGACGAACAACGUCAUCGUGCAAGAGGAUCCGGAGUUGGCCGCCAGGGAGUUUGAGAAGGCCGAGAACGAGAAGUGGCGGUCGCAGAGACGUCUCGAGGCCAAGAGACGCCUCGAUGCCGAGCGCUUGGGGCGUACCUCGACACCGGUGGCCGCAGAUCGUGGCGCCGUCUACUCGAGCAACUCCUUCGGUGCUGCGGGUAGCGGUGAGUACGACGAGGAGGACGGAUUUGUUAUCGGCGAUGAUGAAGACGAGGAGGACUUUGACGAUUUGGAUGACGAGGAGGGGGAGGAGGAGGAAGAGGAGGCCGAGGAGCGGUUGAGAAGCGUCAAGGCCCAGGGCCGUGCCAAGUACAGAAGCGACGACGAGGAGGACCACCGCAAGGCCAAGAGAUCGUCUGAUGCGGAGGAAGACCAA